AUGCAUUUAAGAAAUAGCGAGAAGGAAUUCUGUUUCAAAGAGUUUAUAUUUCAUUUAGCUAAUAACCAAUUAGCAUCCAAAACAUCAAGUGUUAGAAAAACAUCAAGAAAUACAAUCUUUUUUCCAAAGCUCGUUAAUGUUACAAUUGAUGGAAAUAAAAAACAAAGAGGUUCUUGUUUUGUGUGUAAUAGUGAUCCAAUUGAAGGGGUAGGCUAUAAACAAAAUUCAUAUAUAAGAGCUCAAUGUGAAUGUCAUAGUGUGUUCCUCCAUGAUAUUUGUAAUAUUGCUUUCCAUAAUCCAGGGUACAAGGCUGCAACAAAAAUUGAUAAAUUUAAUAAUAAUAGUAAUAAUAAUGAAUUAACUGUAAAUUUUUAA